AUGGCAAAAUCUAUACCAAAACUUGGUUCACGGAAAACUGGACGUAUUGGUUCGCGUAAGCAUCCGCGUAAAAUACCAAAGAGGGUUAUUUAUAUUCAAGCUAGUUUCAAUAAUACCACUGUGACUGUUACAGAUGUAGGAGGUCGGGUGAUUUCUUGGUCCUCCACCGGUUCAUGUGGAUUCAAGGGUACACGAAGGGGGACACCAUUUGCCGCUACAACCGCAACGGGAAAUGCUCUUCGAACAGUAGUCGAUCAAGGCAUGCAACGAGCAGACGUCAGCAUAAAGGGUCCCGGUCGAGGAAGAGAUGCGGCAUUAAGAGUUAUUGUUCGAAGUGGGAUACUAUUAAACGUUAUACGGGAUGUAACCCCUAUACCAUAUAAUGGAUGUAGGGCUCCUAAAAAAAGACGUUGGAAGUGUGUUGAAUCAAGGGUAGACAGUAAGCGUCUUUAUUAUGGACGUUUUAUUCUGUCUCCACUUCUGAAAGGUCAAGCAGAUACAAUAGGCAUUGCAAUGCGAAGAAUUUUGCUCGGAGAAAUAGACGGAACAUGUAUCACACGUGCAAAAUCUGAGAAAAUACCACAUGAAUAUUCUACCGUAGUAGGUAUUCAAGAAUCAAUACAUGAAAUUUUAAUGAAUUUGAAAGAAAUUGUAUUGAGAAGUAAUCUGUAUGGAACUCGGGAGGCGUCUAUUUCUUUCAAAGGUCCUGAAUAUGUAACUGCUCAAGACAUCAUUUUACCACCUUCGGUGGAAGUCAUUGAUAAGACACAACAUAUAGCUAACCUAACGGAACCUAUUAAUUUGUGUAUUGAAUUACAAAUUGAGAGAAAGCGGGGAUAUCAUAUAAAAACACUAAACAACAUUCAAGAUGGAAGUUAUACUAUAGAUGUUGUAUUCAUGCCUGUUAGAAAUGCAAAUUAUAGUAUUCAUAGGAGGAUUCUUUGCCAUUUGAGGCGUUAA